ACCAAACCACAUAUAUUAAUUCUGUGUAUUUAGCUUCCUACUGCACCUUAAGUCGAUCCCUUCUUAAGGUACACACACAUAUAUAUAUAUAUACAUACAUACACUUAAAAGAGUUUUGAGUUUGAAUAUGGUUGUGGCUCCUCCAACAAGUCCGUUAAUAUUAAGGACUAAUACUAAGAAGACGAGGGCCGUUGGGAACAUUCCUCCCACAGUUGAUCUGUCUCUUGAGAGGUCUCUCUUGUCCCAGAAAAUCGUGGAAGCAUGUGAAGAAUUUGGCUUCUUCAAGGUGGUCAACCAUGGCUUUCCUCGGCACAUCAUUGCCAGCAUGGAAAGGGAAGCGGCUGAUUUCUUUGCCCGGCCGGCUUCCCUGAAGCAGCAGGCUGCUGCUCGUCCCCCGACUCCCUUCGGCUAUGGCUGCAGAAAUAUCGGCUUCAACGGCGACAUGGGCGAGCUCGAGUAUCUUCUUCUCCACGCCAACCCACACUCCGUCUCUCAGGGGUCUCACGCUAUCUCCGCCAACCCAACAAAGUUCAGCUGUGCAGUGAAUGAAUACAUAGAAGCGGUGAGGCAGCUGGGCAGUGAAAUUCUUGAUCUAGUGGGUGAAGGACUACUGUUAGAAGACAAAUGGGCGUUGAGUAGGCUCAUCACAGACGUCCACAGCGACUCCUGCUUCAGGCUCAAUCACUAUCCUCCUCCUCCUCCUCCUCCUGCUCCUCCUCCUCGUACUAAUAUUAUUACUGCUACUCCUCCCGAACGUACGGGAUUUGGGGAGCAUUCUGACCCUCAGAUCUUGACCCUCCUCAGAUCCAACGACGUCGGAGGCCUUCAAAUUUGUUUGGACGAUGGCUUGUGGGUCCCUGUGCCUUCUGACCCCACUCAGUUCUGCGUCUUUGUGGGGGACGCUUUGCAGGCGAUGACAAACGGGCGGUUUGUGAGCGCCAGACACAGAGUGGUGGUGGGCAAAGGCAAGGGCAAGGGCAGACAGUCGAUGUUGUAUUUCGGGGCUCCCCCGCUGAACGCAUGGAUUUCGGCUCUGCCGGAGAUGCACUCACACAGGCACACCCCCAUUAUUCAGUACAAGCCCUUCACUUGGGCUCAAUUCAAGAAGGCUGCCUACUCUCUGCGUUUAGGAGAUCCCCGUCUCCACCUCUUCAAGGCCACUCCCCCUCCUCCUCCUCCUCAUCCUAAUAAUUAACGGGAAUUAGUACUCUUGUUCAGAGAUCAGAUGU